AGGUUAAAGAAUACUCAAUAAAUAAAAAAAGUAAUGUCCUCAAUAUAUAUGGAAUAUCUCAAAAUCUAAACACAAAAGAAUAUGUUAUGGUUCUUCAAUAUGCAAAAGAUGGCAAUUUUAAUCAAUGGAUAAAAGAAAAUUAUGAAUAUUUUAUUUGGGAAAAUAAAUUAUCUGCAUUGCUUAAUAUUAUUAAUGGUAUUAAAGAAAUUCAUCAAAAAAGUUUAGUUCAUCGUGAUUUUCAUACAGGAAACAUUUUAUUUUUAAGUAAUAUAGAUAAUUUUGGUAAUUGUAUAUCAAUUUCAGAUAUGGGAUUAUGUGGAGAAGUUGGUAAUAUAGAUGAAACAAAAAUUUAUGGAGUUAUGCCUUAUGUAGCUCCUGAAGUAUUAAGAGGUAAACCUUAUACACAAGCAGCAGAUAUCUAUAGUUAUGGUAUGAUAAUGUAUUUUGUAGCAACUGGAAAGCAACCUUUUGGUGAUUGUGCACAUGAUCAUAAUUUAGCAUUAGAUAUUUGCAAAGGAGUUAGACCUGAAAUAAGUGAACCAGAAGCACCAAGAUGUUAUAUUGAUUUAAUGAAAAAGUGUUGGGAUAUUGACAAAAAUAAUAGACCAGAUAUUUUUGAAAUAGAUAAAUUAAUCAAUUCAUUUCAUAAGUCAUAUGGAGGAGAUAUUUUCAUUAAAUUAAAUAUGAAUAUAUAA